GUUAGUUAGCCAUGCUUCUGCCAAGGAUCUAGCUAUAAGGAUCAUUUACGUUAUUUAUGUCUCUAUUCGAAUCGCAGUCAGCAAAAUGAGCAAGACGAACAAAGGCCUUAAACGAGCGUUCAACAAUUGGAACGAUGUCCAAUUGGUCUUUGAAGAUAUUGCAAGACAUUACGGAAUUUGCAGCGACUGGAAGCUCAAGAACGUCUUGAUCGUCAUCGUUUUAGUUUUAAUCUUUUUCGUGUUGCUCUUCGGCAACAGCGGCCGUGACGAGCAGGCGUACGCGCGUGAAUUGGGAUUGAAGAUUCGCAUCCAUAAAUGGAUCCCGGGUGGCGAAACGGAGCGAGGCGAUUCCAAUCGCAGGAUCUUUUUUCACGAGACGAGCGGACGAAGCGAUUUGGGUUUGAGACAAACGUGCACAGUCGAAUCGGCCGCUAGACACAAUCCCGACCGGCCCAUCCAAGUGUUCAUGACGGCCGACCGACUCGAUUAUUCCAGCCCGUGGCUAGAAAUUUUGCAAACGUAUCCGAACAUGAACGUCGUCCUGGUCGAUCCGAAAGGGUACUUUGCCAACACGCCGCUGGAACAUUGGUACAACGACGGCGAGUGGAGGGAGAGCAUCUACAACAUCGUCCACCUGUCGGACUACAUCCGCGUGCUGACGCUGCUCAAGGGAGGUGGCAUGUACAUGGACCUCGAUUUCGUCACGAUCAAACCGCUGGACGAUAAGCAAUUGUGGAACUUUUUCCUGAUCGAAACGGCCGAAAUGAAGCUGCUGUCGAAUUCGGUUUUGCACCUGGAACGUGGCCACCGACUCAUCAACGAAAUGAUUCAUCGUCUAGUCAAGUAUUACGACGUGGACGAUUACAUGUGGCACGGGCCGUCGAUGAUCAGCAACAUCAUGAGCAAGAACUGCGGCGUGAAACGCGGCCAGCCCGAUUCGAACAAUUGCACGGACGUCCGUCUUCUGCCACACAACUACUUCGCGCCCAUCUCCAACACGGAGUGGGAAUUCCUGUUCAGCGACGCGACCGAAGGCAACAUGGCCGUCGUCAAGAACGGGAGUUACGGCGUGCAUUGUUGGGGUGGCAAGUCAGUGAACCAUCCACUCGACCUGAAAUCCAAUCAGAUCUACGCCGUCCUGGCGCGUGAACACUGUCCCAUCACGGUGGCCAGAGCGGCCGACUUUCCCGCAUGACGUCCAGGAACAAAAGACAAUUGAAUUUGAUUUCCUUUUAUUGUUUGCAGUUGUAGUGAUGGUAGAAUACACGGGCCGCUACACGCAACA